AUGCGUAUAUGCGGCAACUACGUCCCUCUUAAUGCACACCUGGUUGGCAACAGUUACCCACUGCCCAACAUACAGGAUACGUUACAAAGGGCCGCUCAAGGACGAUACUUCGCCAAAAUUGAUUUGACUAAAUCCUUCUGGCAGAUACCACUAGCACCUGAAAGUCGACCACUCACAGCCUUUUACGGUGUUAGAGGAUUGUAUGAAUACACCAGAGUGCCAUUUGGUUUGAAGGUCGCCCCUGCCAUAUUUCAGAGCACCACUGACCGAGUCAUUAAGGAAUUCUCAACGUGGGCAAUUCCUUAUGUAGAUGACGUUGCCGUCAUUGGAGCCACUUAUGAGGAGUGCAAGGAGAGGAUUACCAAACUCUGCGAGAAAUUAGAAGCGAAAAAAUUCACUAUCAACUACGACAAAUCAGUCGUGGAACCACAAACACAACUGGAAUUUCUGGGGCAUUUAAUUUGCAGCGGACAUGUGACAAUACACCCGCACCACGCGGAAACUAUUUGCAAAUUGCCAAUACCAGAGACGAGCGCUGAGCUCCAUAGCUUCCUCGGUUUCGGAAAUUGUUUCCGCCGAUUUAUACCACGAUACGCAGAACUGGUGGCACCUCUUUAUAAGGUGCUGAAAAGAGAACCAUAUCAUCUCGCCGCUGCGGAAAAGGAGUCAGGGUACAAAAGGCUAUCGCCACGUUACCAUCAUUACAUACUCUCGAUAGCCACUCACCAUUAG